AUGACUACCUCAAAUUCUAGCCCUUCUAUUCCUUCCGAAUUCGAUGAUGAGGUUGACAAUGCCGAUGCUGAACUCCCUUGCGGACACGUAUGGGCAUAUCCAUGCAAGCUUCCUUCGUGUCCCGACUACCGCAAAUCCUGGCUCCUUCGAAGCAAUUUCCUCCUCCAUCUGCAGGAGCAAUAUGCACACAAAAUGACAGCGAUGACACCAGCCGCACGCCGUACAAUCGAGAAAAAGUGGCGGUAUACGACCGAUCCUCAUCUGCCGCCUCGGGCGGCCCCAGAUUUCCUUUCCCGAGAGGAUCCAGACGAACACAUAUGGGAAUAUAGUUUCAGAGAUAACACUGGGAAGAUAAUAACGGGCAGGGGCACGAUGAAGCAAAUGGAAAUGCAUAAACGCCAGGAUGCCGAGAAAAGCAGGGAAGGCAGAUAG